CCUAAUCAGUUCCUAUCCUCGCAUUAUUCUCUGCUAUUCUGGCUCGACAUGUUCCCACCAAGUUCAACGAUAUCAGGCUCGGAUGCUGCUCUUUUAGAGUGCAUUCGCCACCAUCUUCUCAGCGACGACGACGACGACCACGACGACUUUGAAACCCUGGCGAAAAUCGCCGAGAGUGUCGGGUUCCAUUGCCCAGAUCCAAGCUUUGACGCAUCGUCGUCAUCGCCGGAUACAACAACGUCGUUCGAAGCGGGUGAUUUCGACGGCGUGGGUUUGGAAUCGCCCGGCUCGUCGAACGAGCAGUCGCUCGUUGACUGCGAUGAUGUCAAUGAGAAUGAGGCACUGCCCGGAGGGUGUCACUUUCGGGGAGUGCGGAGACGGCCGUGGGGGAAGUACGCAGCGGAGAUUCGGGACCUGAAGAAGAAGGGCGCAAGGAGGUGGCUCGGGACCUACGAGACGCCGCAGGACGCCGCGUUGGCUUAUGACCGGGCCGCAUUCGCGAUGCGCGGGGCCAAGGCCAGGCUGAAUUUCCCUCACUUGGUCGGUUGCGACGAGGUGGAGCCGGUGAGGGUCACUCGGAAGCGGCACUGCUCGCCUGAGUCUGAGAACGGCUCGCCGGAUCCAAAGAGGGGAGGAGGACUUGACUAGCUCGGCCGGCGACCCCGAUCCCGGCGAGCAUGGUCACGUC